GUUUGACAACAGGGAGCCUACAACCAACCAUAAUUUUAGUUGUUUUUAUUCCCUUCACUUGAUAAGAACGACGCGUCGUGUAAAUUUUACAAUGAGUGUUGGGAAAUUGGACGCUAUAAUUUUCGGUGCUACCGGUUAUACGGGACAAAUUGUGGUCGAAGAUGCCGUGGAUAUAUUUGGGGAUUUCAAAUGGGGCAUUGCUGGAAGAAAUGAAUCUAAACUCAAAGAUGUUUUAGUGAAGGUUGGUAAACGAACCCAAAGGGAUUUAAAUCAUAUUCCCAUUAUUUUGGCCGAUGUCAAUGAUCCAAAGUCUAUUGAGGCUAUGGCCCAAAAGUGCAAGGUCAUUUUGAAUUGUUGUGGACCCUACCGGUUGUAUGGUGAAGUUGUUGUUAAGGCUUGCAUUGAUGCUGGUACCCAUCACGUUGAUGUCAGUGCUGAACCACAAUACAUCAGUGGAAUGCAACUCAAAUAUAAUGAUUUGGCUCAGGAGAAAGGAUCUUAUGUUAUAUUGGCGUGUGCCUUUGAAAGCAUCCCCGCCGAAUUGGGUGUUCAAUAUGCCGAAAAGAAUUUUCCAGGAACUGUAAAUUCCGUGGAACUUUAUUGGGAAAAUAUAUUUAAUUUCCAAGACAAAUCAUCGAAGGCACUUGCCCAUACCGGCACAUGGGAAAGCGGUCUCUAUGCCAUGCAACACGCCAAAGAAAUGAUGUCCAUACAGAAAAAAUUAAAUUGUGAAAAACUGCCGAACUUGAGUCCAAAGUUAAAGUUGAGACCAUUUGUACAUCAAACCGAAGGCUUAAGAAGCUAUUUCGUUCCAUUUCCACUGACGGACCGGGUCGUUGUUCAAAGGUCUCAGCGACUGGCCUAUGUUCACGAAAAGAAACGGCCAAUUCAGUUUGAAAUGUAUAUUGGUAUGAAAUCAUUCUUGAUGGCCUUUCUGCUACAAGUAGUUAUGGUAUUGGGUAUAAUUUUUGCUCACAUCGGUUUCGUGCGUAAAAUCUUUCUGAAAUAUCCCCAUAUUUUUUCGGCUGGUUUGGUAACCCAAGAAGGUCCAUUGGAAGCUAAUAGAAAAGUUUUGGAAUUUCGUUAUACACUUAAAGCCAAGGGAUGGACUACGGGUACACCGGAAUCCUCUGCCCCCAAUGAGGAAAUUGUGGUUCGAGUAUCAGCCAAUGAUCCAGGUUAUGGUCUAACAAGUUGUGCUGUAUUGCUAAGUGCCAAGACCAUUUUGAGGGAACAAUCUUUGAUGCCCAGAAAAGGCGGUGUUCUACCACCGGGAUUUGCUUUUGCCAAGACCAGUCUUCUGGAACAAAUUAGCAGUCAUAAAUCCGGUUUAAAAUUUGAAGUGAUAAAAAAAUAAACAUUUUUUGAGAUAAAUUAUUUUUUUAUUUUAUAUUUUCUUACAUUUUACAUUGUUAUUUAAAUAAAUAUUCUUUUUUAUAUUUCUGUGAAAUAUAA